AUGGCAGCGUGUUUGAUACCGCAAGACGUACCUGGUACUAUUGAGGUAUUUAUGAAUCGAGAGGGUAGUGGUGACGAAGAUAGUGUGUGCGACGAUAGUGGUGAUAAGCCACUGGCGGCAAAAAGAAGUCGACAAGAUCCAUUUAUUCCGAAGCCGAACCCAAACUGGCGAAAAUGUAUCCCUUCAUCCCAAAAAAUUCUCAGAAUACUUCCGAAGUCAGUGAUGAGAAAAAAUUGUGAUGAACUGAAGGUCCUCAACCCUGUACAAAUAUAG